GGGGGCGAGGCCGAGGCCGGGCCGGGCCGGCGGGGUCCCGGGCUGAGGAGGCCGGGCCGGGGGUCCCGGCGGCGGCGGAGCCAUGACUCUGGAGUCCAUGAUGGCCUGUUGCCUGAGCGACGAGGUGAAGGAGUCGAAGCGCAUCAACGCCGAGAUCGAGAAGCAGCUGCGGAGGGACAAGCGCGACGCGCGCCGGGAGCUCAAGCUGCUGCUGCUGGGCGCUGGGGAAAGCGGGAAGAGCACGUUCAUCAAACAGCUGCGGAUAAUCCACGGGGCGGGCUAUUCAGAAGAGGAUCGCAAAGGCUUUGCCAAGCUGGUGUAUCAGAACAUCUUCGCCUCCAUGCAGGCCAUGAUCGGAGCCAUGGAGACUUUGCAGAUCCCUUAUGCCCAGCCAGAGAAUGUGGAAAACGCCAAGCUGGUCAUGGGGGUGAACGCUUCGAAGGUGGCGGCCUUGAUCAGGCCGUACGCAAACGCCAUUGAAAGCCUAUGGAGGGACACGGGGAUCCGGACCUGCUACGAGAGACGGCGGGAGUAUCACUUACUGGACUCGGCCCCGUAUUUUCUGUCCAACCUGGAGCGUAUCGCAGAGGACAGUUACAUCCCCACAGCUCAGGAUGUCCUGAGGAGCCGCAUGCCGACGACCGGCAUCAGUGCAGUCUGCUUCUCCAUGCAGGAGAUGAUCUUAAGGAUUGUGGAUGUGGGUGGGCAGAAGUCGGAGCGCAAGAAGUGGAUACACUGUUUCGAAAACGUUAUUGCCCUGAUCUACCUGGCUUCCCUCAGCGAGUACGACCAGUGCCUGGAGGAGAAUAGCGAGGAGAAUCGGAUGAGGGAGAGCCUGGCCCUGUUCAGAACCAUCCUGGAACUGCCCUGGUUCCAGAGCGCCUCCGUGAUCCUCUUCCUCAACAAAACCGACCUCCUGGAGGACAAGAUCACCCACUCGGACCUGGCUGCCUACUUCCCUAGCUUCCCAGGACCCAAGCGAGAUGCGGAGGCGGCGAAGAAGUUCAUUCUGGAGAUGUACGUGGACACCUACAAGCGAUGCUCCGCUGUCCACUGCGACGCAGGGCAGAGACCCUCCAUGAUGGCCUCCAAAUCCAGGUGCCUCUACCGCCACUACACCUGUGCCACGGAUACGCAGAACAUCCGCAAGGUUUUCAAGGACGUCAGGGAUGUGGUCUUGGUCGGCUAUUUGGACGAGAUCAACCUGCUGUGAUGGGAAGGGCUCAGGCCAGGUUCGUGCCCGGCAGUAACAUAUCAGUGCUUGGCGUUGCCAGUUCACAAGGAGACGAAUCAGCGGACGUUGGCUGCUGCUGCUCGUAAAACACACGUGGAAUGUUCCCUGAGGCUGUGUUUGGACGGGCGCCGGCCUGGUGCUGGGAGCGUGUGAGGGGAACGGUCUCACUUAAUGCCGCCUCGGCUCAGAGGUCUGUGAAGCUGCCUUUCUCACGGCGUCCUGCCAGAGUCCCUGCGAGGCUGCCUGCAAAGCGCCAUCUCAGGCCUUUCUUAGGGGUCAGUUUUACCCCUUUCUGUGGGAGAUGGGCCCAGCACUGAAUGGGGAUUGGCUCCUAUGAUGGCGUGUAGCUUCUUCAAGGGCUGUUUUCUCCAUCCCUUCGUGCUGGUGGAGGGGCUGCUUCUUGCCGGGACGCUGGGCCCAGCUUUGUUUUUAUUGUCAGGGUUUUUUUCAUGUGGAUUUAGCCCUAGGAAUAGGUGCUGGAUUGAGAGUCCUGGAGACCAAACUUCCCUGUUGAUCCACAGGCCCAGGGUAGCCUUCCCCAGCACUGCCCAGUCAAAGUCCUGCCCCUCUGACCUACGGGGUCACCUUUAAGGAUGAGAGGGGAGUUCGACCACCGUGGCUCAUUCAGUCGUUGGCCUCCUCUGCUUUCCUGCAGGGCAAAUAGGUAGUGACUCCAGCUCAGCGGGAGAUGAGAAGGCACAACUGCUGGUUGGACUCUGCCGGGAAGCUGCCGUGUGUGUGUAAUCCUUCCAGUUCCCAGGAGUCUCUAGCGUAGCAAGGCAUCAUGGGGGACGGCACCUCAUGUUCUGAUGCUCAGAGGAAGGCAUGAGCAGUGAUGUGAGCGAGUGUCUCUUCUGAUGGGAGGACAACCACCUCCCGGAGAAGGAGUGGGAACUUCUCCAGAGGGAGCUGGAGCAGGUGUCUGGUCCCACCGUCCGCAAAACCAUCUCCCGAGACAGGAGACCCAGCCUGAGCCUCUGAGCACGGGCAUUCAGCCAGAGUGGAGGGGUGAAUUGAAUAGGGACUGUUGUGAAGGCCAAUUUAUGAAGCAAUCUUUAUGGGGUUGGGGGGAAAUUAUGUUAACCCCCCAAUCAAUUCUCUUAUAGUUGUCUGCAGUUCUCUUCCUUCUGGUAUCUGCAAACCACACUACAGCACCUCCUUAAAGAUCCUUCUAGUUCAGCGGUUCUCAAAUGUUUGUAUGGGUGACCUCUUUCAGACAGCAAGCCGCUGAGUGCGACCCCCCCCCCCUUAUAAAUUCAAACCACAUUUUUUUAUAUUAAACACUAUUAUAAAUGCUAGAGGCAAAGCGGGGUUUGGGGAUGGAGGCCGACAGCUCGCGACCCCUGGAGGGGACACAACCCCCAGUUUGAGAACCUCUGUCUAGUUCAUAUGUUUGCAUUGAUACGGGCUUUCUGCUGAAAUGUGAAA